AUGGGAUGUUAAGACAGGAUAAUAAAAAGCCAAAUUAGAUGGUCAUUCAUAUUGGGUUAGUUCAGUUUGUUACUCUCCUGAUGGUACUACAUUAGCAUCUGGUAGUGCAGAUAAGUCUAUUCAUUUAUGGGAUGUUAAGACAGGAUAAUAAAAAGCCAAAUUAGAUGGUCAUUCAUAUUGGGUUAGCUCAGUUUGUUACUCUCCUGAUGGUACUACAUUAGCAUCUGGUAGUUACGAUAACUCUAUCUGUUUAUGGGAUGUUAAGACAGGAUAAUAAAAAGCCCAAUUAGAUGGUCAUUCAAAUACAGUUAAUACAAUUUGUUACUCCCCUGAUGGUACUACAUUAGCAUCUGGUAGUGGAGAUAACUCUAUCCGUUUAUGGGAUGUUAAGACAGGAUAAUAAAAAGCUAAAUUAGAUGGUCAUUCAAAUGGUGUUAUUUCAAUUUGUUACUCUCCUGAUGGUACUACAUUAGCAUCCGGUAGUUAUGAUAACUCUAUCCGUUUAUGGGAUGUUAAGACAGAAUAAUAAAAAGCCAAAUUAGAUGGUCAUUCAUCAACAGUUUAUUCAAUUUGUUACUCUCCUGAUGGUUCUACAUUAGCAUCUGGUAGUGUAGAUAAGUCUAUCCGUUUAUGGGAUGUUAAGACAGGAUAAUAAAAAGCCAAAUUAGAUGGUCAUUCAAAAACAGUUAAUUCAAUUUGUUACUCUCCUGAUGGAAAUACACUAGCUUCUGGUUGUUAUGAUAACUCUAUCCGACUUUGGAAUGUAAAAACAUCAAAGGAAAUACUUCAAUCAGAUAGUAACUAUAAAGAUUUGCUUGCCUAGUUCAACAUACCUCUUCAGAAUAGCUCCUUAUUGCCAAAUGGUAUUUAUUAUUAAUUAUUUUUAGUUAAUCCUUAUUGUACUAUACUUGUAAUCUGUUAGAAUCCUUGGUUAGAAGCAUCAGGAACACUUAUCUUAUAAGGACAAUUCAUUAAUUAUUAAGGGAUAGAUUUAAAACCAUUGUUUAAAUCCAAAGGAAGUUGCAUUUUAGAAGACUUAAAACAAAAGCAAAAGUUAAUUUGA